AUGUUAGGAAUCUCUGUUUUUAGAACGCCAAAACAGCCAGAAAAGCCAGAAAAGCCAGAAAAGCCAGAGAAGCCAGAGAAGCCGGAGAAGCCUGAAAAGCCAGAAAAGCCGGAGAAGCCGGAGAAGCCAGAAAAGCCGGAGAAGCCAGAAAAGCCAGAAAAGCCAGAAAAGCCAGAACGUUAG